AGUAUUCGGGUACUCGUUAACAAAUUGUACACCAGUUGUGUGAUCCUCGACCUGGUCAGUAUGACACUGGACAGACGAUUACAGUGUUUGUUAUGGCUGUACAUCACACCAUUCCAAAGUGUAACUGGGUUAUCUGUGGUGGUCAGUCCAAGUCCUACAGCCAGGGUCGUGUCCGGUCAGACCCUCAGUAUCACGUGUCAGUGGUCAGCUGACUACACAGGACAAUAUCCUGGUUUUAACUAUAGACUAAAUGAUGGUGUAGGUGAAAUAGGUGCAAUGUAUAUAAACAGUGGGACAUCAUGUCCAUCAGUGUCACCCUACACAAUUACCUGUAACAGAGACACGAGGACACUGGGGAUACAGAUUCCCGCCAACAGUUACAGUCACGGGGACAGAUGGACGUGUGAGGGGAAAAAUAACUACUUCAGUGAGACACCACCCCAGACAGACACGACCACAGUGGACGUUAUCUGUAAGUGUGUAAUACAUGUAAAUGUGUAAUGUGUGUAUUGGUGCGUGUCUAUAUAUGCUAGCGGAAAAAGAAACUGUGCCUAGAUAAAAUGGCAUAUCAAAUAGAUACUUAUAAAGUAAUGUAAUAGUUUGUUGCAGAAUUG